AAUCUCGCUCCAGAAAUAAUCCUUUAAUCAACACAGCUUCAUACCAUCAGCCAGACGCAUCACCAGACGACUAUCUCAACUCGUUCGAGCCCAUAAGCCGUCAAUCGCCACCAAAGCACCUUUCCACACACAUCCGCCAACAUGUCUCUCUUUCCACGCUGGACCGAAUUCGAAUCCCCCCUCAUCCGUCUCCUUGACGACUACGCCUCCCUAGCCAACGAUCAGACCCCGGCGCGAAGCCAGCCCCAAAAAAUCAAGACCUUCUCCCCCAAGUUCGACGUCAAGGAGACCGAAAAAGCGUACGAGCUCCACGGCGAGCUCCCAGGCAUCGAGCAGAAGAACGUGAACAUUGAGUGGACCGACGGGAACACCCUCACGAUCUCCGGCCGUGUGGAGCACCGCUCCGAACGUAAGGACUCGGUGACAGGGGAGGGGACCAACGGCCACCAACCCACCGUCGAAGACGCCGAGGAUGAAUCCGACCUCCCUCAGACGGCUGUCACCAAAGUGGACGACACGCAGAAGCAAGUCAGCAAGCCAUCCGAGCAGGGGGUCCGCUACUGGGUCACCGAGCGGGCGGUCGGCGAGUUCCACCGGACCUUCAGCUUCCCGACCCGCGUAGACCAGGAGGGCGUCAAGGCUUCGCUGAAGAACGGAGUCCUGAGUAUCUCGGUCCCCAAGGCUGCUGCUCCGAAGUCCCGCAAGAUCUCUAUCGAGUAACUCCUCUCUUGGUCGCCGUCUCGACAUCUUCUGUCGAUUACAUGAACAUCACGACACAUGGGUUAGCUAAUGGAUGAAGAAUCGAUUUUGUGUGGAUGGGUCAAUUUGGAUGAAACAUAGCAUAGCAUAGGAGUUAUAUGGAUAUACGCAGUCACUUUGUACUCUGCCUCAUAGAGUAGUGCACUGGACAAUCAAAUCAUUUC